UCCCCGGCUUUGCUCAUAAAUGGUCCUCCACGCCCUGUCCGAGCCUUAUCCACUCUUCUCCUCCUGGCUCCUUGGUCUCCCAGCGCGACAAAGACUUCGAGAUGCCAGCUGACUUCCAGCUCCCAGAAAUGCUCUCUCCCGCAGCCAUGGAGAAGUACGUCUCGGCCAUCCAGAAGAUGGAGCAGACCGUGAUGUUCCCCAGCCUCCUUCGCGGAGUCUCUUUAGAAGAUCUGGAAGAGGCCUUCGGAGCCGACUCGGAUGACAAGGACUUGUUUGAACAUUUUGUGCUGCUGAAAUCCGGCAAGGGGAUGUUGGAUGGCGGUCGGUUCUUACCUGCGAGACAAGAGAAGCUACCUGGGGUCCCUCCGGUGGAGGAGAACGUGGAGAAGGAAAGUUUGGAAGAUGUAUUUUACUACCACUUGUCCAGUCUCUGCCGUGUCCUGCAUCAUUUGACCCAGAGAGCCCAAGCGGUCACCGCCAAAUACAACGAAAUUAUGGAACGCAUCAACCACAGCUAAGUUGUGGAGAAACAGACCCACAGUAGGAAACAGCCAAGGUUUGCUCCACAUUUGUUACCUGAAAACCACAAGCUGGACCAGAAACCACCUCAAAAACUGCUCUAAAGAACAUCCUUGGAGAGCCAUCCAGCUGCUGCCAUUUCUAGAAAGAGAUUUAAAUUUGCUCCAAGCAAAUGAAAGAACUUUGUCUCCAGCAAACCUUGUCUUGAAAUGCUAAAAAAAUAUGUGUAUUUAUGGCUAUGAACUUACUUCGAGGGAAAGGAAGAUUAAGUUAUUAUUCAUGGAUGAAAUAUUCCAGGGUUGUGUGUUUUCUGAAAUCAACCUGAACACCUUAUCAGGGUGGGGCUGAACUGAAACACUAUUUGAAAAUCAUUUUCAGAACGAUAUUUAUGCUAUUUUUUUUUUGUAUGUAACUGAACUGAGGCGCUUAUUGUGAAUAAAACGACAUGGCUAAAAUUCAUUCCA